GCCCGAGCGGGAGGCUGCCGUUCGCUCGGUUGGUUGCUUCGUCACCAGGAGCCGCUGUGUGACCCGUUAGGACAGAGCCGGGCGCAGAGGGCGGCGGCAGCAGGGGACGGCGCCGGCGGCAGCCAUGGCCGGGAGCGGGAGCGGGCCGCCCGGGGAGGCGCCGGGCUUCGUGCCGCAGAAGGAGAUCGGCUACAACAAGCUGCUGCCGUACGGGGACCGGCUGGAGGCCGAGGCGAGCCGCCUGCUGGCCCAGAUCAAAGGCAACCUGGGCCGGGCCGUGCAGCUGCAGGAGCUGUGGCCCGGGGGGCUCUUCUGGACCAGGAAACUCUCCACGUAUAUCCGACUAUAUGGGAGAAAAUUUAGCAAAGAAGAUCAUGUGCUUUUUAUCAAGUUGCUGUAUGAGUUGGUAACAAUUCCAAAGCUGGAGAUCAGCAUGAUGCAGGGAUUUGCACGUCUAUUGAUAAACCUGUUAAAGAAAAAAGAACUUCUUUCAAGAGAUGAUUUGGAGUUACCAUGGAGACCACUUUAUGAAAUGUUGGAGAGGAUAUUGUAUUCCAAAACAGAACACCUUGGAUUAAAUUGGUUUCCUAAUUCUGUAGAAAGCGUUCUAAAAACACUUGUGAAAAGUUGUCGACCGUAUUUUCCAGAAAAUGCCUCCACGGAGAUGCUAGAUGAAUGGCGGCCUUUAAUGUGCCCAUUUGAUGUUACCAUGCAAAAGGCCAUCACCUAUUUUGAAUUAUUUCUACCCACUUCCCUUCCUCCAGAACUUCACCAUAAAGGUUUUAAGCUUUGGUUUGAUGAAUUUAUAGGCCUCUGGUUUUCAGUUCAGAAUCUUCCACAAUGGGAGGGGCAUCUAGUAAACCUUUUUGCUCGCUUGGCCACUGACAACAUAGGGUACAUAGACUGGGAUCCAUAUGUACCAAAGAUAUUUACAAGGAUUUUGAGAAGUUUGAAUCUUCCAGUGGGAAGCGGUCAAGUUUUAGUUCCAAGAUUCUUAACAAAUGCUUAUGAUAUAGGACAUGCAGUAAUGUGGAUCACAGCCAUGAUGGGUGGACCAAGUAAACUAGUACAGAAGCACUUGUCUGGAUUAUUCAAUAGUAUUGCAUCUUUUUACCAUCCUUCAAAUAAUGGUCGCUGGCUGAACAAGUUGAUGAAACUGCUUCAAAGGUUACCAAGUAGUGUUGUUAGAAGACUGCAUCGUGAGCGUUACAAGAAGAAGACUUGGCUAACUCCUGUGCCUGAUAGCCAUAAACUUACUGAUCAAGAUGUUACAGACUUCGUAGAAUGCAUUAUUCAACCUGUCCUUCUGGCUAUGUUUAGUAAAACUGGAAGCCUAGAGGCUGCUCAAGCCCUACAAAAUCUUGCACUAAUGCGUCCUGAGUUAGUAAUUCCACCUGUACUUGAAAAAACAUACCCUGCACUGGAGACAUUAACAGAACCUCAUCAGCUCACAGCUACUUUAAGCUGCGUAAUUGGCGUAGCUCGUAGCCUGGUGUCUGGGGGCAAGUGGUUUCCUGAAGGUCCGACACACAUGCUACCUCUGUUGAUGAGAGCGUUGCCUGGUGUGGAUCCAAAUGACUUUAGUAAAUGCAUGAUCACAUUCCAGUUUAUUGCAACGUUUUCUACUCUGGUGCCUUUAGUAGAUUGUUCAUCUGUGCUGCAAGAGAGAGAUGAUCUCACAGAGGUGGAGAGAGAAUUGUGCUCUGCUACUGCUGAAUUUGAAGAUUUUGUUCUGCAGUUUAUGGACAGAUGUUUUGGACUCAUAGAAAGCAGCACACUAGAACAAACUAGAGAGGAGACUGAGACUGAGAAGAUGACUCAUCUAGAGAGUUUAGUGGAAUUAGGUCUUUCUUCCACUUUCAGUACAAUCCUCACUCAGUGUUCAAAAGAGAUAUUUAAGGUUGCUUUGGAAAAAGUUUUUAACUUUGCUGUUUCAAAUAUAUUUGAGACAAGAGUUGCUGGUCGGAUGGUUGCUGACAUGUGCCGGGCUGCAGUAAAAUGCUGCCCUGAGGAAUCUCUGAAGCUCUUUGUGCCCCACUGCUGCAGUGUUAUAACUCAUCUUACCAUAAAUGAUGAUGUCUUGCAUGAUGAAGAGCUAGAUAAGGAGCUACUCUGGAACCUUCAGCUUUUGUCAGAGAUCACUCGAGUGGAUGGAAAGAAGUUGCUGCCAUACAGGGAGCAGCUUGUGAAGAUUCUGCAGCGAACCCUACAUUUAACCUGUAAGCAGGGUUACAUUCUGUCUUGUAACCUACUGCACCAUCUUCUUCGUUCUACUACACUUAUCUACCCCACAGAAUACUGCAGUGUGCCAGGUGGCUUUGACAAGCCUCUUUCUGAAUACUUUCCUAUCAAGGACUGGGGUAAACCAGGUGACUUGUGGAACCUGAAUAUCCAGUGGCAUGUUCCUUCAUCUAAGGAAAUAACCUUUGCCUAUUACUUACUGGAUUCUUUUCUUCAGCCAGAGCUCACCAAGCUAGAGCAUUAUGCAAAUGGAAAUCAAGAAAUGUCCAGAGAUGAUGUACAGCAGUGUCUCACUAUAGUGCACAACUGCCUAAUUGGUUCGGGGAACAUUCUACCUCCUCUGAAAGGAGAGAGGAUAGCUCACCUGGUUCCAAGUCUGGUGUCUUUGGAAGAGACAAAACUUUACACUGGUGUUAACUAUGAUUUAUCAAGAGAGAACCACAGAGAAACCAUGGCUAGGGUCAUAAGGAAACUACUGCACUAUAUACUCAACAACUCAGAAGAUGAUACCAAGUCUUUGUUUCUAAUCAUAAAGAUCAUUGGUGAUCUCUUACAAUUCCAAGGGUCUCACAAGCAUGAGUUUGACUCCCGGUGGAAGAGCUUUAACUUAGUGAAGAAGUCAAUGGAGAACAGGCUUCAAGGAAAGAAGCAGCAUAUUAGAGCCUUGCUAAUUGACAGAGUCAUGUUGCAGCAUGAGCUGAGAACUCUAACUGUUGAAGGCUGUGAAUAUAAAAAUAUACACCAAGACAUGAUUAGGGAUCUUCUGUGUUUGUCUACAAGUUCCUAUGGUCAGGUCAGAAGUAAAGCUCAGCAAGCAUUCUUCACAGCACUGGGAACAUACAACUUUUGUUGCAGAGAUAUCAUUCCUUUGGUUUUGGAGUUUUUGCGGCCAGACCGACAUGAUGUUACUCAGCAGCAGUUUAAAGGUGCCUUGUAUUGUCUUCUUGGAAACCACAGUGGAGUAUGCCUGGCAAAUCUUCAUGAUUGGGACUGUAUUGUACAGACAUGGCCAGCAAUUGUUUCUUCUGGACUUAGCAAAGCUAUGUCUCUGGAAAAGCCAUCUAUAGUGAGACUCUUUGAUGACCUAGCAGAAAAGAUCCACAGACAGUAUGAAACAAUUGGAUUGGACUUUUCAGUUCCAGAGAAAUGUGUCGAGAUGGCCAUUCUAAUGCAAAAAGCAAAAAACCCAAGUGCCAGUGGGAUGAUGCUUAGCUCAGAAGAGAUUCAGUUAGGAAUUCAACGACAGAAAGAAAAGAAUGCUGAGGCCUUGCAAAACUAUGAAAAUUUGGUCAACAUGCUGUUAGAUUGCGUGAAUCAAAGAAAUCUCCCCUGGAAGUUUGAACACAUAGGCAUUGGCUUUCUGUCUCUCCUCCUGAGGGAUGAUAGGGUACUACCUGUCCGUGCCAUAAGAUUCUUUGUGCAGUGUCUCAACCACGACGCAAUAGUGAUUCGCAAGAUGGGUAUCUCAGCUGUUGCUGGCAUCCUCAAGCAGUUGAAGAGAGCCCACAAAAAGGUGUCCCUCUGCCCUUAUGAAGUCAGUGGCGUCCCCAAGCCUUCCAGCAUUCAGGCUGGUGACAGACCUGAUAACCAGUGGCUGCAUUUCGAUUGUGAAAGUUUACCAAAGACUAAACAAGCUUGGGAGUCGUGUUGUUUUGUGGAGAAAACACACUGGGGAUACUAUACCUGGCCUCAAAAUAUGGUAGUUUAUGCUUCUGCUGAGCAACAACCAAAGCUUGGGAGGAGGAGAGAGGAGUUGGUAGAGGCAGAACAAAUCAUAUAUGAUCGCUUUUCCGAUCCAAAAUUUGUUGAGCAGUUAAUAAAGUUUCUAUCUCUAGAAGACAGAAAAGGAAAAGACAAAUUUAAUCCUCGCAGAUUUUGCCUUUUCAAGGGCAUAUUCAGAAACUUUGAUGAUGCCUUCUUGCCAGUUCUAAAGCCCCACUUGGAACAUCUGGUAGCAGACUCUCAUGAAAGUACCCAGCGAUGUGUAGCUGAAAUUAUAGCUGGUCUGAUAAGAGGCUCUAAACACUGGACAUUUGAAAAGGUAGAGAAACUUUGGAAGCUUUUGUGCCCACUACUUCGAACAGCUUUAUCCAAUAUUACCGUGGAAACUUAUAAUGAUUGGGGAACAUGUAUAGCAACUUCCUGUGAGAGCAGAGAUCCUCGGAAACUGCACUGGUUAUUUGAGCUGUUGUUGGAGUCUCCUUUGAGUGGUGAAGGAGGAUCAUUUGUAGAUGCAUGCCGACUCUACGUAUUGCAAGGUGGCCUUGCACAGCAAGAAUGGAGAGUACCAGAGCUGUUGCACAGGUUACUAAAGUACUUGGAACCUAAACUCACCCAGGUUUACAAAAAUGUCAGAGAAAGAAUAGGAAGUGUUUUGACCUACAUAUUCAUGAUAGAUGUUUCCUUGCCAAAUACUGCUCCAACAAAGUCCCCUCAUGUCCAUGAGUUCACUACGCGAAUACUUGAAAAGCUCAAACCUCUUAUGGAAGUGGAUGAAGAAAUUCAGAACCAUGUUAUGGAAGAGAAUGGAGUUGGUGAACAAGAUGAGCGAACUCAGGGCAUUAAACUCUUGAAAACCAUCCUGAAGUGGUUGAUGGCAAGUGCAGGUCGGUCCUUCUCCACGGCUGUCACAGAACAACUCCAACUUUUACCCUUGUUUUUCAAGAUUGCACCAGUAGAAAAUGACAAUAGCUAUGAUGAACUCAAAAGAGAUGCUAAGAUGUGUUUAUCAUUAAUGUCUCAGGGAUUGCUAUAUCCUCAACAAGUGCCUUUGGUACUCCAGGUGCUAAAACAAACAGCAAGAAGCAGUUCUUGGCAUGCUAGGUACACAAUACUGACCUACCUCCAGACUAUGGUAUUUUAUAAUCUCUUUAUCUUCCUCAACAAUGAAGAAGCUGUCAAUGACAUAAGAUGGUUGGUUAUAAAACUUUUGGAAGAUGAACAGCUUGAGGUGAGAGAAAUGGCUGCUACCACACUGAGUGGCCUGCUACAGUGCAACUUCCUCACUAUGGAUAGCCCAGUGCAGGCUCACUUUGAACAGCUCUGCAAGACAAAACUACCAAAAAAGAGAAAGCGAGACCUUGGCACAGUGGUGGAUACCAUUCCUUCUGCAGACUUGGUUAAGCGCCAUGCUGGUGUGCUUGGACUUAGUGCAUGUAUUUUGUCAAGCCCUUAUGAUGUACCCACUUGGAUGCCCCAGCUUCUGAUGGACCUCAGUGCCCACCUGAAUGAUCCUCAGCCUAUUGAGAUGACAGUAAAGAAAACACUGUCCAAUUUCCGGAGGACACACCAUGACAACUGGCAGGAGCACAAACAGCAGUUCACUGAUGACCAGCUGCUUGUCCUUACAGACCUCUUAGUAUCACCAUGCUAUUAUGCUUAAAUAGGUUCUUCUUGGAAAAAAUGAGGACCUAGAAACAUUUCUGCAAAAAUAAAGGAAACUCAAAACUAAUUUAUUGUGUAUGGAACUUUUAGUCUUGGAAAUCCUGAUGCCUAAUCAAAACCAUUUUUAGAAUACAAAUAUUAGGUCCUAACAGAGCUCUGUUCAUCACAAAUUACAACUCUACAGGGAGUAGCUCUGGGAGUCCUGCGUUCUUCCAUUACUGCAUCUGUGGGGCCAGAUCAUUACUUGUUUCAAAGCGUACUGUCAUGGGCCUGCAUUAUACAACCUUACCACCUUCAACCUCUACUCACUGGCUUAUACCACCCAUCUCUUCCCAUCGCCUCUUUUUUCUUUCUUAUUCCAUGUGCCCAGCCAUUUUUUACGUCCGUGGAUUUGCAGAGCACACACGACUGCAAGUCUGAACAUUCUAAGGGAAGUGCUCCAGUUUUGGUUGACAUUUUUUAUCGUAUCAACCUGCAGGAGCUGGUACCUAUGAACCUCAAACCCACCUACUCCCAUGACAAGAGGCCAGGAACCUAUUUUUCUCAAAGGAUUUUUUUUCACCGCUUGCAUUCAAGUACCCAUUUGGUGACAAACUCUGUGCCAUUUAAUCCAUCUGAGAGUUGGACUACCCUUUUAAAUCUGACCUUCUAUGGAAAUGGAAAUAUCCAUUCUGUCCUCUCCAGCCUAGAUCAGUACUAUGGAAAGUGGGGAAAUUUCCAUGGCCUGGCCAAGUUUUAGGAGGUAAUCUGACCAGGUGCACAACUUAAACCCAUGACCAUCUGCAGCUUCCUAAGGGUGGAAGGCUGUGGAUCUUUUCAGAUGAAUAGAGCCCAUAGAUAAUGAAUUUUUUGCUAUCAAGCAAUGUUUUAAUUCAGAGACUGAAGAGUAUGUACAGUGUGUAAAAGCACUGAAUGGCUGAAUUUUUUUUAACAGAAUAUUCUCAUUAAAAAGACUAUUAGUCACUAUUUGGAGAAGCAUAUCUUGCAUAAAUGGAAGACUGCUAAGAUUGUGGAAGUUCUGUUUUUGGUUUUGGUUUUUUGCCUGCAAGUUUGUUCAGAGACUGAUAUCUAUUGGCUAUUUAACGACAUGUUUAAUAUGUGUUACAUAGAUGUAAAAGAUUGUAUAAAUUGUAGAGGCAUUGCUUUAGGAAGACAUUGUACAGUUUGCAACCUUUUACAUAACAUCAUUGUGAGAUUAAUUUGUAAAAAUUCACACUUCAGUGUUAAUACUAUAGUGCUUCUGGCUUUUGUAUCAAAUCAAAUGCCAUUAGUGUUUUUUAAAUUAUUUUCUUUAGCAAAAUAUCUUUCCUUGUUUAAAAGGCAGAAAUUUUAUUUUGUUUUAGUUUUCAUUUAUCUCAUGACUGCAUCUGAUGAGGAUUUUAAUGCAACAUUUGUGACCAUCUCUAAAUGCUAACAUCACAUGUUUUGAUGUGAUAAGAUUAUAGAAAGCAAGGUACCUCCUACAAUGAAAUAGUUCACAAGUUGAUGUGUUUCAUCUUUCACACAACCUGUACAGUCUUCCUUACAGGAACACUACAAUAUAUUUUGAAAUAUCUACCUGCUGAUUGAGUGACUCAAUACAAUUUUAAAGCACAGCAGUGUUCCUAGUACAGUAUUUACUAAGUGUCAGCACACAGAUGUAACCACUGUAUAGUGUAGUGCCAAAAUUAUUUCAAUUGUGUACCUAGUUUAAAACCCAAUAAAUGGAUUGUUUGUAACAUCUG